ACCAAGCCACAAGUCUUAACGUGAGACGUUUGACGGCACAUGCGCACUGGCACGUUGAGAAAGCUCCUUCCGGACAUAGACGAUCUUCGUGCGGAGCAGUUGGAGAAAAGCUGCUCUCCCGCUGACUGCUAUGACCGAGCUGCCGGACGACACUUUCCGUUUUCGCCCCUGACCGCUGCGACCGACGCAGUUUCGCGGCGUUUUGUGGCUCCCGCGCGUUGAAAACGAGCCGUGUCGUUUCAUGGUUGCUUCCCCCUGCGACUUUUUCUUCGGGUAUCUGCUGGCCUCUGGGGCUAGCUGGCUAGCGGAGCAGUGACGGAGCGGAGCCAGCUGGUCGGACGGAGAGGAACGGAAACGUUAGCAAACAAGCUAAUUAGCCCGAGAGACUGAGCCCGGAUUACUGCGUUUAAUCAAGGAGGGCGCGGGUCCGUGGGUUCACCCACCGAGGCAAAGAUGAAGAUCACUGUGGAUUUUGAGGAAUGUCUGAAAGACUCUCCGAGGUUCAGGGCACAGGUCAGUCCUGUGGUCACCGUGACUGAUAUUGUAAGCCACUCACUUUUGGGACACUCAGAAUACACCGGCGUGGACUUUCAGAUUUUGAGUGAUAAGCAACAAACCUCACGAAUAGCUGAUUGCAACCCAUCCAGGGAAAAUGUGGAGUACACGUGCAUCGGAGAACACGUCCCAGAGUGUCUGCUCUUGUCCCUGAAGUGUUACAGGCUGCUCCACCGGCUCACAGGCGACACGUCUGAGCGGAGUGUGAAUGACGAACCUGUUCAGCCACUCGGAUUCUGCAUGCAGAGCGCUCGCAGGCCGCUGGCCAGCCGCCAGCCGCCCGCCGCCUCCCAGAGCUCCACACGAGGGUCUGUCGGCUCUCAACAACUUCCCAGGUUCGCCCUGGAGGCUCAGCUUUCCAGCUAA